CGUCACCGGCUUGUCCCCAAGAGGAAAGAAGAAAAGACAUAAGCGCUGCUGCAGUGUUGUUCUAUGUGGCUUUGCAUUUGCACCGUUCAUGUGAUUCCCAUUUAUGGGUUUACAUCAUAGAAUACCAACGAGAAUAAUCCCAUCAAAUAAAAGAACCCAAAUAUAAAUUCAGUUGUUUCUCUCUUUGAUCUCACGUUGGGCUGAGCUCUUCAUCCCAUUCCAAGGAUGAACAUAGAAAAUUAAGGAAGUCUCUUAAUGAUUUAUGAAGAAACCGACCUGUUGUUAAUGUGAGCACUUCAACAACUUUUUAUAAAUAACAAAGGAUCUGAAGGCUUUUGGCAUUAUGCAUGUCUGGUCCUGUGGUGAUUGCUGAUGGUGUUGGAAGACCACGUUCGUUGUCACAUAGGGUCCUAUCGGUUAGUACUACAUUGCUUAGUGACAAUCAUACCUGCGACUCAACAACAAAUGGAGAAAGUUCUCCUUCUGAAUCCAGAGGCUUUAGAGUUGGCGAGCUCUUACUGCCGAACGGCGAAUAUUAUUCGGGGUCUCUGCUGGGCAAUAUACCAGAAGGUUCAGGCCUGUAUAUCUGGUCUGAUGGUUGUAGGUAUGAGGGUGAGUGGAGGCUUGGGAUGAGACAUGGUUAUGGGACCCUUAAAUGGCCUUCUGGUGCUGUUUAUGAGGGUGAAUUUUCUGGUGGUUAUAUGCAUGGCACAGGGACAUAUAUUACGCAUGACAAAAUGACUUACAAAGGUCGAUGGAAACUGAAUCGCAAACACGGUUUAGGGAACCAAAUAUACCCCAAUGGUGAUGUCUUUGAAGGAUCCUGGAUACAAGGUAAACUAGAAGGAGCUGGCAAGUAUGCCUGGGCUAAUGGGAAUGUGUAUUUUGGGAAUAUGAAAGGAGGAAAGAUGUGUGGGAGUGGAACUCUCACUUGGCUCAGUGGAGAUACAUAUGAAGGGUGUUGGUUAAAUGGUAUGAUGCAUGGUUUCGGUGUAUAUACAUGGAGUGAUGGUGGAUGCUAUAUGGGAACUUGGACUCAUGGUCUAAAGGACGGAAAAGGGGUAUUUUACCCAAGAGGUAGCAAGCUUCCUGUCGUGCAGGAAUUGUACCUUAAUGCCUUGAGAAAAAGGGGGUUGCUGCCCGAUCUAAGGAAUGAAAAACGGGUGUCACGUAUAGAAAAUGCUAAAUUGAGUGCAGACCAAAAGGGUUCAUCUUUUAAGCUCACGAAAGGAAAUUUUUCCAAUCUAGAGCUGAAUCGUCGGACCAAUGAUUUUUUUCUAGACAGACGCUGGAGUCUUGAAGUGUCGAUUGAGAAAGUUAUUGGGUGUGAUUUAGAGUCUGAAAUUACUAGCAGUGACAAUCUCAACUCUUCAGUUUUGGAAAGAGAAUACGUGCAAGGCGUCUUGAUCAGUGAAGUUAUGCUGAGUGACCGUUUCUCUUCACCGUCUAGGAGAGCAAAAAGAAGGCAAAGAAAACUGGUCAGGGAGAUGAAGAGACCUGGUGAGACAAUUAUUAAAGGUCACAGGAGUUAUGAUUUAAUGCUGAGUUUGCAGCUUGGAAUCAGAUAUACUGUGGGAAAAAUCACCCCUAUACAUAGGAGAGAAGUACGGGCUUCAGAUUUCGGUCCUCGUGCGAGCUUUUGGAUGUACUUUCCUAAAGAAGGGUCACAGCAGACACCUUCACACCAGUCAGAAGAUUUUAAAUGGAAGGAUUAUUGUCCAAUGGUAUUCAGGAACCUGAGAGAAAUGUUUAAAAUAGAUGCUGCUGACUACAUGAUGUCAAUUUGUGGAAAUGAUGCACUUAGAGAGCUUUCUUCCCCUGGAAAAAGCAGCAGUGUUUUCUUUCUCUCACAAGAUGAUCGUUUCAUGAUUAAGACAUUGCGAAAAUCAGAAGUUAAGGUUUUGCUCCAUAUGCUUCCGAAGUACCAUCUACAUGUGCGUACUUAUGAGAACACACUCAUUACCAAAUUUUUCGGUCUACACAGGAUAAAGCCUUUAAGUGGACAAAAGUUCCGCUUCGUGGUGAUGGGAAAUAUGUUCUGCACAGAGCUAAGAGUCCAUCGGCGAUUUGAUUUAAAAGGAUCCUCGCUGGGGCGUUCUGCAGAUAAGGUUGAAAUAGAUGAAAGUACAAUACUUAAAGAUCUAGAUUUGAACUACUGCUUCUAUCUUGAGCCUACGUGGCAACAGGCCCUGCUGAAGCAAAUUGAAAUUGAUAGCAAAUUUUUGGAAGAACAGCACAUUAUGGAUUACAGUCUCCUUUUAGGCGUUCACUACCGCGCUCCUCAACACCUACAAUCCAUUGUAUCACAUAGUAAACAAAUAACCACAGAUGGGUUAGAAAUUCUUGCAGAAGAAGAAUCUAUGGAGGACGAAAUAGGCCCCCAAGGGCUUGUGUUAGUUCCACGAGGUGCAGAUGAUGAUGGAAGCAUUGUUGUGGGACCACACGUCAGAGGCAGUCGCUUGAAGGCAUCCUCUGCUUCGGGUGAUGAGGAAGUAGAUCUUCUUCUUCCAGGAACAGCAAGAUUGCAGAUUCAGCUAGGGGUAAACAUGCCAGCAAGAGCAGAGCAUUUCCCUGGGAAAGGCGGCGAGAAGCAGGUGUUUCAUGAAGUGCAUGAUGUUGUGCUCUACCUGGGGAUCAUCGACAUCUUGCAAGAGUACAACAUGACUAAGAAGAUAGAACACACUUACAAAUCCAUACAAUUCGACUCCGUGUCCAUCUCUGCUGUGGACCCCGUUUUCUACUCCCGCCGCUUCUUGGAAUUCAUUCGGAAGGUUUUCCCCGCAAAUUCGCCAGCGAGUUAGAAAGAAGAACGCCUUACUCCAAUCAUCCUAAAUAAUCAUCGGUAUUGAAAUUAGUACACUCUUUUUUACUCUGUAUUUUUUUUAGUUUUUAAAUGUAAGAAGUAUAUGUGUAUCUUGAUUUGCAAUUUUGUUCAUAGAGAUAAUAGGCAAUGUUACCUUGCAAU